AAAUAGGGUGUGACCAUCAAUGUGCCCCCUUACAUUAGGUGUCGCCAUCAGAGUGCAACUUUACAUCAUGUAUUUCCAUUACAUCAGGUGUGCCCAUCAGAGUGCUCCUUUACAUCAGGUAUCCCCAUCACAUUGCCAUCUUACAUCAGGUAUUCCCGUCAGAGUGCCCCCUUACACUCAAAUGACCCCUUACACUCAAAGUAGCCCUUUCUAUCAUAUUUCCCCAUCAGAUUGCCCCUUAACAUCAUAUUCCCCAUCAGAAUGCCCCUUUCCAUCACAUGUGCCCAUCAGAGUGCCCCUUUCC